AUGUCUCGUCUUCGUGAUCCAGCGGAACAUCAAUGGGUUGAUAUAAUGCGAAGGACAGACGACAGAUGGACACUAAGAACUCUGGAAUGGAUGCCUUGCGAAGCAAAACGUCCUCGAAGAAGGCCACCGACCAUAUGGGUUGACGUGUUCGUUGUAGGGGUGGAGCAGCUAAAUUCUCAGUUUGUAACGAGUCAUGGAUCUAGACCUCGCGAACGUCGCCGCCACAGUCUAAUACCAACAUCGUGGAUGACGCUAGCGAAAGACAAAAACGAAUGGAAACAACGCUGGGGCCUGCACGACGACUGA